AUGGCGAGGCGUCGCAACACGCAAGAGGCCGCGCAGACUCCCGCGGUUGGAUCGAGUGACAACAGCGAAGAUGAUAUGCGACCCGAUCUCGCGCUUGUCACUGAACAAUAG